AUGGACAUGUCAUCAUCGUCCUCCUCCGACUCGAUGUCAAUGACCAUGCAGAUGGUCUUUACCAACGCACAUGAUACGCCCUUGUAUUCCAGCUCAUGGACGCCACGAACUACAGGCCAAUACGCCGCCACAUGCAUAUUCCUGAUUUUCCUAGGCCUCGCCUUCAGGGGACUGUUAGCCGCAAAGCAUGUGAUAGAGAUUCACUGGUCAGCUAGGGCUCGAAACCGGAGAUACGUCCUUGUUCGUGGUCGCACUUCUGAAAGCGGCAGGAUCGAGAACGACCCUGAUGCGAAGGAAGGGAGCCUGGUUACAGCGCAGGGUGUUGAGGAGAGAGUCAAAGUAGUCAAGACUGCGAAACAGCCUACUAUCCCUUUCAGGUUGUCUGUCGAUGUACCGAGGGCUGUACUGACAUUCAUUAUUGCUGGAGUUGGCUACCUGCUAAUGCUGGCGGUCAUGACGAUGAACAUAGGAUACUUCUUCUCGGUGCUGGCUGGCGUUUUUGUUGGAGAGCUUGCUGUCGGCAGAUAUACACAAUAUGAGGAACAUUGA